AUGGACUUUCUUGGGAGCAAAUAUUAUAACAUUAAUCAGCAACUUCUACUGUUGACUGGCUUGUGGCCGUACGAAAAGUCCAAAUUAACGAUCAUUCUUAACUUCUAUAUGCUGGCGGUCUUCAUAGUUGGUUUGAUCAUUCAGCUAACGAAUAUUUUCAUCUCGGUGUACAAUAUUGACGACUUCAUUUCCUAUUCUGCCUACGUGAUAAUAACAACAAUGUACAUACUAAAAUACUGCACGUUUUGCUGUCAGAGCAAAAAAAUGAAGACAUUGUUUGAACUCGUCAAACAUGAUUGGAACGAUAUACAACACAACGAGAACGAAUUGGAUGUGUUACAGAGUCGUACGUCUACUGGAAAGCUCAUUACGAUAGUUGCCACAAUAAUAAUUAUCAUGACUUCGAUUCUGUUUGCCGUAUCUCAAUUGCUGCCAGUCAUUAUCGAUAUCAUGAUACCUGUAAACGAAUCUCGAUCAACCCACUUGGCCAAUAUGACAUUUAUUAUCAUACGAUAUAACAACUCGUCUUAUUUUGCAUUAUUUUCUUUGAUUAUUGUUAAUAUUUUGGGAGCAAUAGUGAUGACAACCACUGAAACGACUUAUAUGAUACUCUGUCAACACCUUGUUGGGAUGUUUACAAUUGCAGGAUACAGCGCGAAAUGGUAUGAAGCUCCCGUGUGGAUACAAAAACUAUAUCUUUUCUUGAUGAUAGAAACUACAAUCGACUUAAAAAUAAUUCUUGGUUUCUAUACCCCAUCGAUAGAAGGUUUCUUCAGGGUAUCUAUAAUUUGUUAA